UUCCAUUAGAGCAAAAUGUACAAGUUCAAUUAUUACUUUUUAACCAUUUUAUUCAUAGUUCAAGUUUACUGCGACAAUGUAAAUUUCGACAAGCAUGAUUGCUUUAAACCGCAUACUGCUGGUUUUGAGUGCAAGGCAUUAGCAAUUCGUUACCAUUGGAACCACGAACUAGCAAAAUGUGAACAAGUUGCAUAUGGAGGUUGCGGAGCUACAAAUAAUAACUUUGAAACACUUGAAAGCUGUGAAAAGAUCGCUGGUGGGGUUUGUAAGCAGCAUUUCAAAAAGGCCGAUUGCUUUAAACCGCAUACUGCUGGUUUUGAGUGCAGGGCAUUAGCAAUUCGUUACCAUUGGAACCACGAACUAGCAAAAUGUGAACAAGUCGCAUAUGGAGGUUGCGGAGCUACAAAUAAUAAUUUUGAAACACUUGAAAGUUGUAAAAAGAUCGCUGGUGGUGUUUGUAAGGAGCAUUUCGAAAAAGCCGAUUGCUUUAAACCACAUACUCCUUUCGGUCAAUCAUGCACAGCAUUAAUACCUCGUUACCAUUGGAACCACAGAAAAGCUAGGUGUGAAAAAGUUUUGUACGGAGGUUGCAGAGCUACAAAUAAUAAUUUUAUUACAAUGAAACGUUGUCAAAAGGUUGCUGGUACUAUUUGCAGACAAAGAUAAACGAGAUUACCCCCUUUGAUUUUGGAUAAAAAUGUAAGCAUGGAGUGUAGAU